AUGCAAUUAUCGACAUUUGUCGCUUCUGUCCUCGCGGUGACUGCCUCUGCAGCACCAACCUAUCCUACUAUUACUGUCACCGAUGCUGGAUCCGCCAUUGACGCAUUAGGGUCAUUAUCCGGAUACUUUAAUUUGGUCGCGGAUAAGGUCAAGGCCGUCAAGUCAUAUGGAAUGGCUCCUGUCUGUGAUCUCUCACAAGCUAAGAUGCCUCUUGAUGGCCAAUUACCUUCCCCAGCCAAGGGCCUGAAGCUGGUUCAUGUCGCUAUCGGCCGUGGUACGCAAAACUACACAUGCGAUACCAGCAAGCCUUCAUCAGCUCCCGUUGCUACUGGUGCUGUGGCCACUCUCUUCAACGGCAGCUGCGUCGCCGCGAUGUACCCAGAUCUGAUCGAACGCAUCCCUGGAAUGGCCGUUCACUUCCCUCUGUCAGAUGCCAACAAGCUUGGCCCUGCAUCCCUCGCUGAGUCUGGUCACCAUUAUUUCACCGCCGAUGGUACGCCCUUCUUCGACCUCCGCACUCCCAACCAAGACAUUGGUGAGGCUCCAUGUGCAAAGAACAGCAGCGCUCCUGCUCCAUCUCUCUCUGCCAAGGGACAGCUUGGUGAGAAUGCUGUACCAUGGCUUAGACUCACCACCAUUGAGGGUGCUACCCACAAGAUGAAGGAAGUCUACCGAACUACAACUGCCGGUGGCAGCGCCCCUGCAACCUGCCAGGGUAUGGAUGCCGAAUUCGAGGUUCAAUAUGCCACAUUAUAUUGGUUCUGGGCUGGCGAUAUUGAAGAAGACGAUGCGUAA